GGCUGGACUCGCCUGGUCUUGUCAGAAGCAAUAAAAACGACUUGAGCAACCCCUUGGCUGCGGUAAUCUUGGCAAGAUACACGGCUUCUGGUUUUGACCGCGUCUGUCCGUUCAUCCACCCCUUGCACGUCUCACCCAGAAGAGACCCCAUCAUGUCGUUCUUCAUUGAGAACAAGAAUGUUGGCAACAAGGCCGAGAGCGAGGACUGGAGAGUCCGUGGAUACAACCCCCUGACAUCCCCUGACCUCCUCCAGCAUGAGAUCAGCCAGACGCCAGAGUCCAAGCGGACGGUGCUGCAGAGCAGGGACGAGGUCGUGGCCGUGGUCAACGGCACCGACGACAAGCAAAGGCUCCUCGUCAUCAUCGGCCCGUGCUCAAUCCACGAUCCGGACGCGGCGCUGGCCUACUGCGACAUGCUCCUGAAGGAAAAGGAAAAGCACAAGGACGAGCUCCUGAUCGUCAUGCGCUCGUACCUGGAGAAGCCGCGCACGACGGUCGGCUGGAAGGGCCUGAUCAACGACCCGGACAUGGACAACAGCUUCAAGAUCAACAAGGGCCUGCGCCUGUCCCGGCAGCUCUUCGUCGACCUCACGGGCCGCGGCAUGCCCAUCGCGAGCGAGAUGCUCGACACCAUCUCGCCCCAGUUCCUGGCCGACCUGCUCUCGGCCGGGGCCGUGGGCGCGCGCACGACCGAGAGCCAGCUGCACCGCGAGCUCGCCAGCGGCCUCAGCUUCCCCGUCGGCUUCAAGAACGGCACCGACGGCACCCUUGGCGUCGCCAUCGACGCCAUCGGCGCCGUGCGCCACCCGCACCACUUUUUGUCCGUCACCAAGCCGGGCGUCGUCGCCAUUGUCGGCACCGUCGGCAACGACGACUGCUUCGUCGUCCUGCGCGGCGGCAAGAAGGGGACCAACUACGACCCGGCCAGCAUCGCCGAGGCCCGCGCCGCCCUGCGCGCCGCGGGGCUGCGCGAGCGCCUCAUGGUCGACUGCAGCCACGGCAACUCGCUCAAGGACCACCGGAACCAGCCAAAGGUGGCCGCCGUGCUGGCCGAGCAGAUCGCCGCCGGCGAGACGGCCGUCAUGGGUGUCAUGAUCGAGAGCAACAUCGAGGAGGGCAGCCAGAAGGUGCCCAAGGAGGGCAAGGCCGGGCUCAAGUACGGCGUCAGCAUCACCGACGCCUGCAUCGGCUGGCAGGACACCGUCGCCGUCCUCGACGGCCUGGCCGCCGCCGUCAAGAAGCGGCGGGAGGUGCUCGGCGCGGGCAGCUCCAAAGAGUGACCCUACCCCCUUGCGUAUCCGCAAUAUAUCCCCCCGAACUCUUGAUUUCCCAAGCAACAACCAGUUCUCCAUUUAGUGAAUGGGGCGUUCAAUUUUACAAAACAGUUAGAAAAGGUCCACUAAGCACUCCCCAGGAGGCUAGGCUAUUCAAAACCCGGUCAAGUAAGGUAUGGUAAGCGGGGACACGCAUAGAGUCCAGUUCCAGCUCCUCGAUGAAUUUCAAAAUGCAGUUUCAGUUGAUGAGUGCCUCCCGUUUGCUUAGGUUGGGUAGACCGAUGGGCUCCGAGACGAGGCGUUUUAAAAGUUGUGAAGAAACAAGAUCCGUGAGUUUAAUGAGGACAAUAGCCUUGUACAUACAUCUGGGUCUAUGCCAUAAAAGUGCCAAUAUGAUGCGGUUGCCCGGCUCUCCAUACCAAAUGACGCCACAACCUCCACCCGCAGACACGCCCGCCUCCCCUUGUCCCUAGCUUUCUCUCAUCCCAGAC